CCACGACUUUUAAAAUUCCACCUGACUUCCCUUUUUUGCAUGAAGCCGAAAAGACUUCCUUAGAGCGUCUCGCUGCUUUGGGAUUUUAUUAUCGAUGUAUUGUUCUCUUCUUAGAUCGACAAAGAGGCAGGAAAGAUUGUAGUACAGAAUUAAAACCUGUCGCGUCUGAUGUUACUGAGGAGAAUACAAUACUACAUCAUGGAUCAUAUAUACAUGCAUUUUGCAACGCCUUGAACGAAGUUCUUGUAGACUUUCAAAAAACAGUUAUAGAAUGUGAAAUUAGAAUUCUAAAUAAAGAAGAUAAUAUGGGUGGUAUAAUUCCAGUGUCACAGAUUGUAUCUGCCUUUGGUGAUUAUUAUAUAAUUUUGCCACAUCUGUAUCAAUUGAUAAUUGAAAUAGAAAAAAAUCCUUUGAACUAUUUUGGCAGCCGAAUUCUUAAUUUGAUCACUGACAGAUGUAAUACUGGAGUCCCCGAAUUACGAACAAUCAUGUUGAAAAUUUUGCAAGCUUGCCACGAAGUCAUGUAUAAGCAUAUUACUUCAUGGAUGGUUUAUGGGCACUUGCAAGAUCCCUUUUCAGAAUUCUUUGUAAAGGAUGAAACAUCUAAGACUCAUAUAAAAGAACAUUUUAAUCAAUCGAAAUGGCACCGACGUUUUGUUCUCGAUGAAUCUUUUGUUCCAAAUCAUAUACCACCUGAUGUGGCAAAAUCAAUUCUAUUUGUUGGUAAAGCAAUUGCAACGGUAAGGAAUGCUGCUAGACCACACGAAAAAAAUAGUACCCUACCACAUUCGCUUAGUUCUCUACACCUUCAGCACCUUUUGCAACUUUCGUCAAGGCCAAUUUUUCGUCAAAUUGAACUUGAAAAUAUUGUUACUAUUAUAAGAGAUAAUGUAGCACAGUGGUUAUGGCAAGUUGUGCUAACGGGUGACAAAGUUGUUGAAUGCCUAGAAGCAUUUAGGAAUUAUUUUUUACUUGGGCAAAGUGAUUUUUCAUUAUCACUUGUUGAACAGUUUGAAAAGCUAACAGCAUCUAGGUCUAUGUCAUCAAGAAUUUUAACGAUCAAAGAGCAAGAAUUAAAUUCUCUUUUAGUGCGUACAUCUGUGGGUACGUCAGCAGAGAAUGAUCCUUCUUUUGAAAAUUUCAGAUUCAAACUACCAGUUGUAAGUGAGCAAAAAACUUCGACACCGAACAACAUGUUUGAUAAUGUCAUACUUGGUGUCCCCCUUAGGCUUGAAUAUGAUAUUGGCUGGCCUCUAGAUUUAUUCGUCACUGCUGAAGAUUUGGAUAAAUAUGGAAACAUCUUUUCUUUUCUAUUAUCUCUUCGCCGUACUCAGUUUCGUCUUCAAAGAGUUUGGACUCACCUUGCCAUGGCCAAAAAGUUUGGAUCCGUCGAUAAUAAAUUAUCUGACGAUAAGAACUAUCGUAUGUUGAUGCCAUGGAAAGUUCGAGCUGCGAUGAUGUUCUUUGUGGAUUGUUUAUGGGGACAUAUACAGAUGGAUAUUAUCGAAUCGAAUUUUCGAACGCUUGUUAAUCGAAUCAACAUAUCAUCCACGCAUUACCGACGACAACGCCCAACAGUGGCUUUAGACCAAAGUGCAGUAUCAGAAAAGAGAACUAUAAAUAAUGAUGAAAGGAUGCAUAUAAAUGAAUUAGAAACCCUUCGUGACUUCGAAGAUAUCCGAAUCGGGCACUCAACCUACCUUGGAGACUUAUUACGCGGAUGUUUUCUUGAAUCCCGGGUUUGCUCAGAAACCAUCAAAACGUCAUUAAGUAUAUGCGAUCAAGUCUGCGGUCUAUUGGAAAGAUGGAAUGUUUAUGUAAUUGAUGAUGAAAAAUUUUCUCAAAUAGCACGAUUAGAUAAU